AUGGCGGUUGUUUUGUUACUUCAUGAUGGCAAGAUGACAAGAUGUGGUGGUUUCCUUGUGGAAGAAGAUAUUGUCCUGACAGCAGCUCACUGCUGGGGAAGCCUCAUGACUGUCAUCUUGGGGGCCCAUGAUAUUGGGCUACAAGAAAAGACAAGGCAGAAAAUUCGUGUGAAAAAAGCCGUCCCCCACCCUAAGUAUAACAAUAAGACUGAUACAAAUGACAUCAUGAUACUACAGCUGGACACAAAGGCCCAACUGACUGCAGCUGUGGGCCUAAUCCCUCUGCCUGGAGAAAGUGACUAUGUGAGGCCUGGGCAGAUGUGCAGUGUGGCUGGCUGGGGCUGGAUCUCUGAGAAUAAUCAAACAAGCAAGCUGCAUGAGGUGGAUCUUGUCAUUCAGGAGCACUUCCAGUGUGAGAGCCGCAUGGAGCAUUAUGACAGGACCACUGAGCUGUGCGCAGGGGACCCUCAGAAAAAGAUGUGUUCCUCUGAGGGAGACUCUGGAGGCCCCUUGGUAUGCAGAAAUAUCGCCCAGGGUGUUUGUACCGCUGGAAGCUUACCAACAGAGCAGCCAGCCUUGGUCACUCUGGCAGAGAAGGACCUUGGAUGA